AUAAGUGAUUUCCAGUAAUAGUGCCUGCUGGCUGCUGCCUACACUUGCAGGUUACUCUCACAAGCUGAGAGUAUAAACAAAACCCAGUUUGUUCGCUUAAUUCCAUAUGGAGGAAGUGGAGAACAAGCAAGUUAUAUUAAAAGGGUACGUAGACAUACUUCCAAAUGAGUCAGACAUGGAAAUCAAGUUUAGUAAGAUUAAGCUCAAGGCUCCAAAAGGGUCAGGAGCUUUUCUUGUCAAGAAUCUCUACUUGUCUUGUGACCCUUACAUGAGAGGCCGUAUGCGUAAGAUCCAAGCCGCCAAUUACUUAUUUCCUCCUUUUGUUCCUGGUCAGGCCUUGGAAGGAUUUGGUGUAUCCAAAGUUAUAGAUUCUGAUGAUCCAGAUUUCAAGCCAGGUGAUGUAGUUUCCGGAUUUACCGGCUGGGAAGAGUACAGCUUGAUUCACAAAACUGAGCAGUUGAGAAAACUUCAGGCAGAGGAUAUUCCACUCUCAUACCAUGUCGGCCUCCUUGGUAUGCCAGGUUUUACUGCUUAUGCCGGAUUCUUUGAGAUUUGCUCCCCUAAGAAAGGGGAAUAUGUCUUUGUCUCUGCAGCUUCUGGAGCCGUUGGUCAGCUUGUUGGCCAACUUGCUAAGUUGCAUGGUUGCUACGUUGUUGGAAGUGCUGGCACAAGCCAAAAGGUUGAUCUUUUGAAGAAUAAGCUUGGAUUUGAUGAAGCUUUUAACUACAAGGAAGAACCAAACCUUGAUGCAGCAUUGAAAAGGUACUUUUCACAAGGCAUUGACAUCUACUUUGAUAAUGUGGGAGGGGAUAUGCUCGAUGCAGCACUUCCUAAUAUGAGGAUUCAUGGCCGAAUUGCACUUUGUGGGGCAGCGUCUCAAUUUGGCCUCUCUAAGCCACAAGGUAUUCACAACUUGAUCAAUCUCAUAACCAAGGCCGUCAAAUUGGAGGGAUUCGUGCAACACAAUUACUUGCACCUAUAUCCACGCUUCUUGGAACAUGUUAUUGGUUAUUACAAGCAAGGCAAAAUUGUUUACAUUGAAGACAUGAAUGAAGGUCUGGAAAGUGCUCCUGCUGCCUUUGUUGGGCUAUUUUCUGGAAAAAAUGUUGGAAAGCAAGUCAUUCGUGUAGCCUCUGAAUGAUUCGUGCCCAAUGUGAUGCAUUUCAUUGCAAACAUUCCAUAACAAGGUGAAGUGAGUGUAGGGCUUCACAAUGAAUAAUGAAUAAUGAGACAUUCAUUUGAA